AUGGGUAUCAGAGGAACAGUUCACGAAUACGGUUUCAAAAAAACAGCCUUCGAGUUCAACGAAGAUGGAAAAGUAGCUGAAAAUGUGGUGGUUUUUAUAGGAGGAUUAACGGAUGGUUUAAUGACAGUUCAAUAUCUUCCUAAAUUAGCUGAAAAAUUGGGCUCUUUAGGCAAUUGGGUUCUCAUUCAAGGAUUGUUAACAUCAUCUUACGUGGGUUGGGGUCAAAGUUCACUUCAACAAGACAAUAUUGAAAUUGGUAGACUAGUUUCAUACUUGAGAUCAGAAAAAGGAGGAAGCAGAAAGAAAAUUAUAUUGAUGGGACAUUCAACUGGUUGCCAAGACACUAUAAGAUACCUUUGUAAUUACAGCUAUCAAGAAAAGUUCCAAAAAUCCAUGGAGAUCGAUGGAGGGAUCUUACAAGCACCAGUUUCUGACAGAGAAGGUAUAGCAGAAGACGUAGGAGAGGACAACUUAGAUAAAUUGGUUGAACAAGUUAAGGUUGAGUAUCUUGACAAAGGGUUGAAAAAUCAAAUGUUACCGUUGAACUUCACCAGAGUUUCAUUGGGUUAUCCAACAACUGCUUAUAGAUUUCAUUCAUUAUUCCUGAAAUUUGGUGAUGACGAUUUCUUCUCAACUUAUAUCACUGAUGAACAAUUGAAGGACUCCUUUGGUAAGGUGAAAAAGCCAUUAUUAAGUUUAUACGGAGAUGAAGAUCAAUACACUCCUGUAUUUGUUGAUAAACAAAACUUGAUUUCUCGUUGGCAGAAAGCUACUGAUGAGAAGUAUUGGAGUAAAUUAAGUAAAGUCUUACUCAAAGCCAAUCAUACAGUUGAUGAUCCCCAAGCCACAGAAGAUCUUAUAGAAACUGUUAAAAAGUUUGUAUUAUCUAUAUAA